CAGAAAGCAGCAUCCAUCACCUCAACGGGACGGAGCUUGGGUAAGUUGGAGGUCGGGAUGGGUGAAUCUGACAGCUUUGGUCUCUUGCAGUCUUCCACAUCAGUUGGCAUUUUUAAUUUUUUUUAAAAAAUCAGCAUUUCAGUAAAUUUCUACUAAUUGACACAUUUCUGCGAACAUUUCUCCUUUUUAUAAUGCAUUUUACAUGCUAUUUUCAUAUACAUAUGCAUUUCUACACACUGUUUCCUAGUCCUUGCAUUUCUCUUCACAUUACUUGGCUGGUGAACUGCACUGCCAACCUGAAGAAACACAUGCAAACCAGGUGGAUUUCCCUUUGUAUGCAAAGUGGAACGUAUUUUCCCCAUGUUCUUAGUGAAGGUGGCCACCAACUCUGUUCUGACAUCAUGGCUGCUGUUUCACACUUAGAGUAAUGGAAACCAGAUUUUUCACAUAUAAGGAAGCUCAGCCUUUGAGAAAACAGGAGUCUAGCGGCACUCCUUAGAUGCUAGAACUCAUGGCGAUUUGUUCUAUGAAUAUUUCCUCAAAAUCAUGCAGCAGUCGUCUUCAUAGAGAUGACUCAGCCAGCCGUAGUCCAUCAUUUAGUCUCUAGUGUGUCCUAAGGAAACACUACAGAGGAAGGGAACUCUGCAGGUAAGAGGAUGGGAACAAAGUUAGGAUUGGUUGGCUCUGCCUGUCCUUGACUUUGGCUCCACCUAUCACUGGUCUUCCUGCCUUCUGCCCUAUCAGCCCCAAUGGACACCAGCCUCCACUGGUCCAGAAGAGUCAGUGGUCAGCACUAGGUGCACCUACACACUAACCUUACUUGACUCCAUGAUACUUCAACAAUCGACAACUUUAAGUUUUGGGUUCUCUCUUCUUUCUCUAAUCUUCCCAUUUAUGAUUUUAAGAACAGAAAAUGCUGGUUUACUUUUUCCUGCUAUCACCACAUUCACAAUAAGUAAGGAUAGGUUUUUAAUUUGUUGCACAUUUCCUUCCACAAAAGGUCAGCCAGAAAAUGGGGGUUGUCACCUAUCUUUGCCUUCUUGGUCUCCUGGUCUCCUAUUCUUUCCCUGGAGGUGAGUGUUUUAACAAUUAUCUGGGAAUUUCCCAAAAAUCUUAAUAGGGGCUAAGCAUUUAUGUAAAUAAAAAGUAAUUGUUAUAUUUCCAGGUGAUGGUAACCAAGCUAAGGCUGUUGGAAUAAAUAAUCAGGCAAUUGAAGCUGGUUCAUUAGAAUGAAUAGGGAAUUGCCCUACCAACCUCAGUCUGCCCUGAACCACUCCUCAUAUUCAUAUUUACAACCAGUCAGGGACUGGCACUGCCUGUCAUUGCCUCUGGAUCCACCUUCUGUUGGUCUCCCUGCCUUCUGUCUCACCAAUUCAACUGGACACUAACCACCUCUGAAAGCACAAAGGUUUAAAUUACCUGUGCUUCCUCAAUGGAAUAAGCAAAAGUACAGGUAAAGUGAGAUUUCACAUUAAAAACAGUCUUCUUACAACUUUUUCUUCCUUUACUCUUCUUUCCACACAGCAAGGGCCAGAUCCUGUCCCAGGGGUUGGCUGAGAGCGCUGGGCAACUGCUAUGCAUAUUUUGAUAGCCCAAAGACAUGGUUUGCAGCUGAGGUAAGAAGUUGGUUCUCACCAACCAAGCUGUAGCAUAAGAUAUUGUUGUGGGUUGCACAUGAGAUCUUUUUGAGGAGGGCUAUGUAUGUGGGUUGUCCUGAGACAAUACCUGGCCAACAUUUCAAAUUGAGUUGCUCACCCAACAUGUUCAAGGGAUGUGUUUCCAUGGGAGCCAUGAAGGCUUAAUUAACAGUCAAGACUCCUCAAGGGUGGCAACUUAAAUAAAAUAAGGGGCGUGGAAGUGGCUGGUAAGCCCUGCUCUGCACAAUCGAUCACAAGACAUGGCACCCCCCCAUUGGAAUGGCAAUGCCCAUCGCCUUUGGGAACCCGCCCCCUCAAAUAUUUUAUUGGGGGGCUAAAGGGACCUUGGCCCAAAAGAGUUGGACCCUGUGGUCAGGAGGGAUGGCCUGGCCAGAAUGUAUUCACUCACUAUUAGGAAGAGGCAAGUCAUCUCUGUUACUGAAAAGAAUACAAUGGUACCUCGGGUUAAGUACUUAAUUCAUUCCGGAGGUCCGUUCUUAACCUGAAACUGUUCUUAACCUGAAGCACCACUUUAGCUAAUGGGGCCUCCUGCUGCUGCCGUGCCGCCGGAGCACAAUUUCUGUUCUCAUCCUGAAGCAAAGUUCUUAACCUGAGGUACUAUUUCUGGGUUAGAGGAGUCUGUAACCUGAAGCGUAUGUAACCUGAAGUGUAUGUAACCGGAGGUACCACUGUAAUGGUCUGCAGUGCCAAAAUGGAAUGUGGUAGGUUAGUUUGUUUGGUGAUUAUCUGAGCAGAAGUCAAGCUAAUAUGAAUUCAACAUUCCAAAGCAAAUCCCUUCAGCUCAAAACUCCUUGCAUACAUUUAAAUGCCUAUUUUCCUUUUCUGAAACAAUCUCAACAUUCUGUAUGCAAAGGCUUCUGAAUUUGGAGUUGUGAGAAAACCAACUUUGGUCUCCUCCAGAGUACUUAUUUCGUGAACCCUCAUCCUGAUUUGUUUGCACAAAGCUUACACAGAAGUUAUGUGAUAGCCAUUCUUCACUGAACACUCAGUCUGAUUUGCCUGAGUAGAGAUUAAUAUUCAUUCUUUCAUUCAUAAAUUUUACAAGACUUAUACACUGUUCGGUUUUAUUAAAACCCAAAGUGAUUUACAAAAAAUAACAAUACAAUAGCACUGUCAGUAACAAACAGUUAAAAACAAGUAUUUGAAACAUUCAGGGGAAAAUAGAAUCAAUGAGAAGUCUAAAAACCAGUUUAAAACAUACACCAACAUUCUACAUGUCUUGAUAGGGUUGUCUAAAGAAAAUGUUUUUAGAAGGUGCCGAAAAGAGUACAGGGAAGUCACAGCAACAAGCAUUCAUCCUAAUUUUCUUUUGGAGUUUUUAGAAGUGGGCUUUUCUUUUAAAAAGUAGGUUUCUUGGGCCACAGAUUGGUCAAAGAUAGACAGAUGGACAAACAGACGGACCACAUUCCAAAAGAUAGAAUAGAUUAAGAACUUUGACAUUACACAUGGUUAUUCACAGUUGGAUAACUCCAACUGGGUGGGAUAUCACUUUUGAAUUCUUACCUUAGUAUGUUUCCGAGCACAAUUCAAAGUGUUGGAGUUGACCUUUAAAGCCCUAAAUGGCCUUGGCCCAGUAUACCUGAAGGAACAUCUCCACCCCCAUCGUUUAGCCCAGACACUGAGGUCCAGCUCCAAGGGCCUUCUGGCAGUUCCCUCACUGCAAGAAGUGAGGUUACAGGGAACCAGGCAGAGGGCCUUCUUGGUAGUGGCGCCUGUCCUGUGGAAUGCCCUCCCAUCAGAUGUCAAGGAAAUAAACAACUACCUGACAUUUAGAAGACAUCUGAAGGCAGCCCUGUUUAGGGAAGUUUUUAAUGUCUGAUGUUUUAUCAUGUUCUUAAUAUUUAGUUGGCUUGGGAGGUCCAGUCAGAUGGGUGGGAUAUAAGUAAUAAGUUGUUGUUGUUGUUGUUGUUGUCUUGUUGUCUUUUUGAUAUAUUGUGAACCACUUUGGGCACCAUUAUGUGGGAAAGUGACCUACAGUUAAGCGGAUGAUGAUAAUGGUGGCAGAAUUACUUUAGUGCCUUCUCUAUUCUCAGAUUGCAUGCCAAAGCCAUGGCCGUGGGACCCAUCUGGCUUCUAUACACACAGAGCAAGAGUCAGCCUUGGUGGCCAAUUACAUCUCCUCAAAGCAGAGGAGAAAAUAUGAUGUCUGGAUUGGUCUCUAUGAUCCCUAUGAGGUGAGUUCCCUUCAAUUACUCUAUUCCAGGUCAUCAUCACAGCACAGUGGCUCCUUAGCAAUGCCAUCCUAUCAUCUCACAGGCUGCAUCCCAUAAUUAUUUCUCCAAUAUUUUACAUAGGGGCCAGGCAUGCUGGGUUCCACCCCACAUUAGGGGUGCCCACACAUGGAACAUGUUGCCGCUCCCUGCCAACCCCCCACAGAGAACAUUUUGUGGGUGCCUCAGCACCCAUGGCCUUGCAUAGAUGGUGCUUAUGGUAGGGGCUUCUUCUCUAAUGUCUCCAUCAUAGCUUGCAAGAGCUUCCUGCUGAGCAAACUCCUCUGAAGAUCCUUGCACUGAGCUACAAACCUCCUUGGUCAAAUAAGCUGUUCCUUCUCUUUCCUGCAGAACCGAGAUUGGAAGUGGCUUGAUGAUUCAUUCUUUAAUUACAACAACUGGAACAGAAGGGAGCCAAACAACACUGGCGGCAAGGAGUAUUGUGUGGAGCUGAAACGUUGGACAGGUAGGGAAACUAUUUGCAUGCCUGAGAAAAAAGGCGUUUUCACCUUGAAUGCUACAUUACCCUCCAAUUCCCUAUAAAUUUCCAACCUUUCUCAGGGUUGCAUCUCACUAAAUUGCACUGAAAAUACCUCUGUCAAUAGACCCAAAUUAACCAUCACUAAUUAAAGUCUAUUGAUUAGAAGGGAUCCAAUUAUGAGUCAGAUUUAACCCUCAACCAGGUGUUCGCGUGUAGAAAUGUUUACAAAUCAAUUACUCUGUAGACCUGGCUAGCAGUGGUCCAUUCAUUCAGCAUUUAGCGUCACUGCCCAACACACCAGGAAGCUUCAGCUGUAGCUCAUCUGCAUAGUUUAGUUGCAUGUGUUUUAUUUGCAUGCAUACUCAUUUACAUAUUAUAUUCUGGAAACAGUGGUUUUUCAAGUGGGCCAUGUCAUAUUAUUUUCUACAGCAUUUCUCUAAGAAGUGGUUAAAGUCAGAUAAAGAAACAAAAGAAGGCGCCACAUUAAAAAAGGGUUGCCAUACGUCCGGAUUUUUCCAGACAUGCUUGGGAAUCAGGGCCUGAAAAUGGCGUCUGGGCAGCAAAGCAGCAAAAAGUCUGGGGAAACCUGGACAUAUGGCAACCAGGUCUAUUUUCAAAGGAAAAUGCUUCAAACAUGCUUUAAAAGCUGAAAAUUUGGGGUGGGGUGGUGGAAGGGAGAUGUUCACACAAAAAAACCUCUCAAAAAGAGAAAAAAGCUCAGGCGGGUCCUCACUUGUUCCUGGUGCACCUUGCAAUGCGUGCGCGUUUGCCCAGAUUUUUAGUAUCUGAAAUAUACCCUAGUCAAAUCCAAAUCCUAACCCGUACUCCAAAGCACAUCCAUUUGGUUAUGUAAUAAUGGGCAAGAAAUAGUAACUUUUGUCAUGUCUUGAAUUUUAGGUUUUCGAAAGUGGAAUGAUGAACCUUGUCACCAUUUCAAUACCUAUAUCUGCAAACAAGAGAUUUAAAGGAGACCACAGCUCCCAACUCUGCCUGCUUAGUGGAUCUCUGAUCUCAUUGCUUCCUCUCCCAUCCCUCAAAAACAGCUCUUCUUCAUUUUCAAAAUAACCUCCUCUAUAGAGCUACCUCUUUGGUCUUCCCAUUCACUUCGAAGUUUCCUUGUUACUUCUGCAAAAUAUAAUCCUAAUAAACUCGCUUACGUGUA